AUGAAAAUUCCAACUCCAUUAAUUGAUCUCAUCAACCUGGACAUCAUCGAGGACAUCAUAGUAUCGGAUCGCCUGCACCUUAUAGAUUUGGGCAUUACAAAAAAACUAAUCAAAGGAUGGAUUGACGGCAAAACAGGAUCUACGAAAUUGAAUCCAUCAGAUAAAAAAGACAUCUCACGAUCCAUACAGGAGCUAGCUCUUCCUUCCGAAAUCAACAGGAAAUUACGUAGCAUCAAAUAUUUAGAGUUCUGGAAAGGAUCGGAAUUCAGAACUUUUCUUCAUUACGGCAGUAUUGUAGUUCUCCAAGGAAAAAUUGACGAUGCAGCUUACAACCACUUUUUAAAAUUUUUCUGCGCAGUGUCCAUUUUUUCGUCGCACGUUUAUGAACAUCAUUGGGAGUUUGGAAAUGAGCUUUUGCAACAAUUUGUUGCCGAAUUCGGUACGGUUUACAAAGAUAGCCUCAUCUCCAGCAACGUGCACAAUUUGUUGCACGUUUACGACGAAGUAUGCAGAUUUGGACCCUUGGAUUCAAUUUCAACUUAUCCAUACGAAAACAACCUCCAGCGACUAAAACGACUGCAUAGAACCGGCAACAAGAGUUUAGAGCAACUGGUAAAUCGUCUAGCGGAAAUUGAUAAAGUACAGAUCGACCCACACUCCGAAGAACGCGAGUAUCCUUCAAUUACAACAACCGGUAUGAGCAUUAAAAUCUAUGCACAACAGCUGGAGCGAAAACGUUUGAAACAAACACAUAUACCGUCAGUCACCCUCGAGCGUUCGAAUGCUUCUAAAAUGAUUGACGACAAUUCAAAAUCACAAGCCAAAGCCGUCACCAACAACAGUAAUGAUAAAAUAAGGGAAACAAAAUAUGUCUAA